AUGGCUAUGAGCAAUGUCAGUGACUCUGUGGUUCUGAGCAAUGGCAGCAUCUUGUCAAAUGCUACUGGCCCAGGUAUCGUUGCAGCUAAUGAUGGAGAUGUCGCGGUUCAACAACUCCCAUCCAAGGAAACACCAAGAACAAAACCAAGUCCAAAUGGCUGCCUGCAACUUAAUGGUACAAUCAAACCAUCCUUUCUGCCUUUAGACAACCAAAGAACUCAGCAGAUGUUGUCACAAUGCUGCCACCCUUGUCCGUACCAUCAUUCUUUAAGUAGCCAUAAUAACAAACAAGAAUGUCAUUCAGUGGUUGGCAGCUCAGCACCAUCUCCUAUGACUUCGUGCUGCAUGCAGCCACAUACUGAGUAUUCAGCAUCUAUUUGCCAAAAACACACCCCUGUAUAUCAACCCGCCUGCUGUCUUCAGCCCUCCCCAUCCUUCUGCCUUCACCAUCAGUGGCCUGACCAUUUUCAGCAUCAGCCUGUGCAGCAACAUAUAACCAGGAUAAGGCCAGCCAGACCAUUCAAGUUACCAAAAAGCUACGCUGCGCUGAUAGCUGACUGGCCCGUGGUGGUCCUGGGCAUGUGUACUGUGUUAAUAGUGGUCUGUGCACUGGUUGGAAUAUUAGUUCCAGAUCUUCCAGAUUUCUCCGAUCCAUUGCUGGGUUUUGAACCAAGAGGGACGGCCAUAGGACAGAGAUUGGUCACGUGGAACAAUAUGGUGAAAAACACAGGAUACAAAGCAACACUUGCAAACUAUCCUUUCAAAUAUGCAGAUGAGCAAGCUAAAAGUCAUCAAGAUGACAGAUGGUCAGAUGAUCACUACGAAAGAGAGAAGAGGCAAGCAGACUGGAACUUCCACAAGGAUACCUUUUUCUGUGAUAUUCCAA